CCUCCCUCUCUCGCGCUCCUCCUGGCCAAAACCGCCGCGCUCCUCUCGCGCGCUUCAUUCAGAUGGAUAACUUCAGGAACAUGGCUCUUCCAAACACUUCACUUUUACUGUCUCUUCUUCAAAUGUGCGCUCUUGCCUGGCAAGCUUGGGCGCUAGUGGAUCUGAGGAUGGAGGACACUGUAGAGGUUUACAUGGACGAGUCCGCAGAAAUCCCCUGCCUGUAUACCUUCACCGAGCAGCCCAUGAUGGUCAUGGUCCAGUGGUUUGUGCGGGAACGCGAUGGUCAUCGGGUCCGAAUCUCGUUCAGCGAUCUGACCAUGCAGAAGGUGGAUGAGAACACGACCUACAGCGAUCGUAUCAGUGUGCGAUCAAACAGUGACGGAGAAACUCUGACCGUUCAGGACGUUAAGCUGUCUGAUGAAAGAGAGUUUUUCUGUCAGGUCAGUGGAUUGUCAGCGGGCAGUGAGGAGGGCAAGACUCUCUUGAAGGUUUUUGACCCCCCAGAGCCUCCCGUCAUUGAAGGUGUCCUCUCCGGAGUCUCUGUGUCCGGUGACUCCCCAGCUAAGAUUGCAUCCUGUGAGACCAGAGAAGGCUUUCCCAAGCCAAACAUCACAUGGUACCGUGAUCACAUCCCCAUCCACCCCACUAAUGGCUUGGUGAACAUGGUAACGCUACUGUCGAGGGAAUCCAGUGGUCUAUAUACAGUGCAGAGUGAGUUGCAUUAUAAGGUGACCAAGGAAGACAAAGAUGCCCACUUUUCCUGUGAAGUUAGCUAUUUUGUCCCAGGAGCCGUCAGGACAUCAGAGUCCAAAGGCAUCAAUAUCACAGUUCACUACCCCACGACCAGUGUGGAGAUAUGGAAAGAAUCGCCCGAGGACUUGGUCAAAGAGGGGGACACAGUGGAGCUCCGUUGUCAAGGCGAUGGGAACCCCCCAGCUCCCAUCAUUUUUAACCGAGAACAAUCAGACGUGGAGCUGGAUUCUUAUCAGGGGCUGCUGGUUUUGAAGGAAGUGUCUCGGGCAGAUAGCGGUGCGUAUGAAUGCCACUCUCUGGACUUGGACGACGUCGACCACGAUGAGGUUGUGGACACCCUACAGCUCAGUGUGCACUAUCUGGACCCAGCUGUGGUGGUGCCCAAAGACUCGGAGGUCAUGCUGAAGGGAGAGAGUCUGACAGCCACCUGCAAUGCCCUGUCGUCUUUAGAGACCUCGACUGUGUGGUUUAAGGAUGGGACCGAGGUCGGGAGAGGACACGUAAUGCAGCUGCAGGACGCCACGUUCGACACAGCUGGACAGUACGACUGUGAGGUGACUGUACCGUCUCUGCCGGGCCUGCUGACCAGCGGUUCUGUCCACAUCAUCGUACAGGGCGGGCCUCAGAUGAAGGACGCGGAGAGGGAGAUUGAGCUGACGGAGAAAGUGGGGGGUUGGGUGAAUUUGAGCUGUGAGGUGAGAGGUUACCCCAGACCCACCAUCACCUGGAGCAUCACUGGCAGUCAGUCUCAGAGCUGGCGUGAGGUUGUUAAAAGAGAGACGGAGGAUCAAGUCUACAGCGUUGUGAUGCUUAAAGUCACCACGGACACUGUUGCUGUCUGCAAUUCAACAAACGACUUUGGAAUGGAGACCAAGACUUACAGCAUCAGGAGCAUUCCGUUCUCCCAGACUCCAACAGCUAGAAAAACUUCAGUCGAUAACAGUGGAGUGAUUAUUGUGGUGAUUAUCGUCAGCAUCCUGUUGCUGGCCAUCCUGGGCAGUGUCUUCUACUUCCUGUAUAAAAAGGGCAAGUUGCCCUGUGGACGGUCGGGCAAGCAAGACAUCAUUAAUGUCUACAGCACCAAGGAGAAGACUAACAAAGAUGACAUCGUCGUAGAGAUGAAGGCAAAAAAGACAGAAGAGUCUGUGCUACUGAAGGGCGUCAACGGAGAACAGAAACCUCCCAAUGACCAAAACAGCACCCUUAGCUCAUAAGCGGAGACCCGUGGGCGACUAAAGAUGGCGUCUGUACCUCCCUGCUGACCCAACAAUCAAAGUCUUACGAGCUGGAGGACCUCUUGUGGUGCAGCCACCUCCUCUGGAUAAAGUGGACUGUACUUUUGUAUCUCGUGCGCGAGCAGCAGUAUUCAUGCUUGGAUAAAUGGGACGUAAGCGAUAAAGGAAGAUUGUCCUCUAUUUUCUACUGUUCUUUGUUUGUUUUCUUCAACCAUCGACCAAUUUCAAGACCACGAGCUUCAUCAUUUAAACACAAGCAAAAUACAUUUCUGAGUAAAAGCAUUCUUACACACGGUCUGUAUCUAACGUGAGCGCCACGUUGCAUUAAAAUCGGUUGAUAUAUUUUUGUAGAAAUAACCUGGAAACAUCCAGUCAUUCUCAAGUGAACUUUUUUUUUCAUGUGUUUUAGGAUAAUUGUCUGAAACAAGGUCUGUGUUUGAUACGAGCCCAGGAUAUUUUCAGUUUAUUCUAUCACAUGAAAUACAGUAAUACAAAACUCAUUGGAAAAAUCCCUUCUGGUUUUCGUCAAGAAAACCAUAGCGAUGCUUACGCCUGGGUUUGACUACAAAAAUGUCAAGAUGCUGCAACAAUAAUUAAAAGAUUAGUUUACUUUUACUCAUUUACUCAACGGUAUGUUCAAGAUAUCAAUUUCUUUCUUUCUUCAGUCAUAAAGAAAUGAAGUUUUUUUUAAGAAAACAGUCCAGGAUUUUUCUCCAUAUAGUGGACUUCAAUGGGAACCGAUGGAUUGAAUGACUCUUCAAAGGGCUCUAGACAAAAUACGAAAUAAGUGUAUUUUCUAGCAAAGCUAUUAAAUAUACAAAUAAACAUUUAUACACUCUUUAACCACAACUUUAACCGCUGGUUCAGCCUUAAGCAUUGCAUGAUCACUUUGGAAAUCUAAUGCGUGGUAAGUUCCUCGUCUGUGUAUUUUGUGACUAAAACGUUAGAGUAGGAUAAAAAACCUUUUUUAUUAAUACGACAUUGUUGUUUUAUUCUUUUAUAUGAAAAAGGAGGUGUCGAACUAGUGCAAGACGAGCAUUUGUGGUUAAAAAAGUGUAUAAUUUCUAUUGUUUUAUAUAAUUAAUAGCCUAAAAAGCCCCUAAUUUCUCAGCUGGGAUCAUGUAGAGACCCUCGAAGCUGCACUGAAGAUCUAAAUUUCAGUUUCAAUCUGUUGAUCUCCACUGGAGAAAAAAUCCAUGUUUUUCUCAAAAACCUUAAAUUCAUUUCAACUGAAGAAAGAAAGACAUGAACAUUAAAUGAUUAAAUUAUCAGAAUUUUUUGUUCUGAAAGUGAACUAAUCCUUUAAUGCACUAAUUUAAAGAUAAAAAUGGUUUUACUAAUGAAUUUAUUUUGCUUGUUUUACAAAUGAAGCUCGGUGUCCUUUUUAGACCACAAAAAUGUAUAUAUUAUAAAUAUGUUUCGCGUACCUUAUUCGUUCCAGUUGUGCUUUUCUAAGCUCUGUUCAGAAAACAUUGGGGGUUGUUUUGGAACUUUUUUUUUUUUUUUUUUUUUUUUUUUUUCAAAAAGUUCGUUUGUUUCAUAUGUACAGAACAGUCGGUCUUCUCCUCAUUUCCCAGUAUCUCUCAAUGGACCAAAUAAUAAAUGCAAGUUCGGUUUCAAAGGAUGUUAAUCGAAAACCCAGCAUAAAGACGUGGAGAAUAACAGAUGUGAAGGCUUUAUAAACACACAGCCCAUGGCGAUAUUAAGGAACCCCGUCUAACUUGAAUAAACGGAUAAACAUGACCCCUGGAUUCAGUCAGUGAUACUGAGCUGACACUCAAACUACUGCAGAGCUCAUGUACUGUUUGUAAAUAGUCGUAGGGAAGGAAAUUGUAGCUCUUUGUGUUUUGACUGCUGAGGGGAAUUGCAGCUCCCUCUGUUUCUGCCUCAACUGCAGUGCCUGCAAAAAUGUGUCUUCAUUUCAUAUCAACGUUAGUUACACUGAAACCGUUGCGUUGUCUCGUUUGUUGCGCGCACGUCUUUGUAUCUGGUGAAGGGAAGGUUUUGUCGUGAAUAAUAACACUUUUUUUAUAAAGAGAAGCAGUACAUUUAAAAAAACGUAUGGCUCUUUUACCUUUUUUUCACUUUUGUUGCUUUUUCAGAUUUUGAGAGCUGCCGUUCGUGUGACUUUUUCUUUUGUUUCUGAACGUGGCUUGGGCUUAGUUAAAGACGUGACACGUGUCGCCUACAUGGACGCUCGAGGAAGCCGAAUAGGAAUAACUUCAGGGCUGUUAUUAACCACGUUAAACCACACUCGGACCGAUUCGUAUUUGAUUGUAGUUGUGAUCGUGCAUUUUUGAAGUUGUGAUUAAAUUCCAAAACGUAGGCAGGUUUUGUUCAGCUCUUCCUCUGUAAGUCGUGUUCGCUUCGCGGCCUUUGCGUUCAUCGAAGUAUAAGAGAAACACGGGCACCUUUAUUUGUGGUAUAAUGAACUUCUUUUGUCUAAAUGUUAGCGUGAGCCACCUGAGACUGUCAGAACACUGUCGAGCCGCUGCAUACACUGGCACCUUUUCCCUGCCUGUCCUCGUGGGCUAAUCAUGUUGUAAUGGCGCAAACUAUCAUUCUCAUUGUAGAUUGUUCGCAAACACAGUUACGCAGUGUUUUAUGUUUGAUUUCACUUAUGGAUGUAAAUUAAGUACUUGUGGUAUGCGUUUGAUGCUUGCAUUUUUAUAUCAUUUUUGGCCAAAAAAUAAAGAUACGUUACGUUCA